GGGCUUGCGCGCAGGCGCUGCGGGGUGGAGGCGCGGAGUUGGCGCAGGCGCGGGGCGGGGCCGGGCGGGCGAUGGCGGGGCCGGGGUUGGUGGCGGGCGACGUGGUGGUGGACGCGCUGCCCUACUUCGACCAGGGCUACGAGGCGCCGGGCGUCCGCGAGGCGGCCGCGGCGCUGGUGGAGGAGGAGACGCGGCGGUACCGGCCGACCAAGAACUACCUCAGCUACUUGCCGGCGCAGGACUACAGCGCCUUCGAGACCGAGAUCAUGAGGAACGAGUUCGAGCGCCUGGCGGCCCGGCAGCCCCUGGAGCUGCUCAGCAUGAAGAGGUACGAGCUGCCGGCCCCGUCCUCCGGCCAGAAGAACGACAUCACGGCGUGGCAGGAGUGCGUGAACAAUUCUAUGGCGCAGCUGGAGCACCAGGCCGUCCGCAUCGAGAACCUGGAGUUAAUGUCUCAGCACGGCUGUAAUGCUUGGAAGGUGUACAAUGAGCAUCUGGUUCAUAUGAUAGAACAAGCCCAGAAGGAGCUUCAGAAGUUGAGGAAAAACAUUCAAGAUCUGAACUGGCAACGAAAGAACAUGCAGCUCACAGCUGGGGCUAAGCUACGAGAAAUGGAAUCUACGUGGGUGUCUCUUGUCAGUAAAAACUAUGAGAUUGAACGAACAAUUGUGCAGCUGGAAAAUGAAAUAGCACAAAUCAAACAGCAGCAGGGGGAAGCAAACAAGGAGAACAUCCAGCAGGACUUCUGAGGGAGUCCACUCCGGGAGCCACUUCCUCUUUCUGUAUUUCCAUUUUUGCCUCUAAUAAACGUUGUUCUGCCGGC